AUGAAAGAAUCAUAUUGCAUUGUAGAUAAAAGAGUAACUCCUUGCACAGAGCCAAGUGGUUACCAAACUGAUAAAAGAGGUAGAACUCAAUUCUAUUGCAGAUGUGCAGUUUGUGGAAAUAAAAAAGUUAGAUAUGUGAAAACUGGAACAGCUUCUCAAAGUGGAAGUGGAAAAAAGAGAAAAAGAAAGUCAAAAAACUAAUCAGCCCGUCAGUGAUGGCGGGCAAAGGUGUUUCUGAUGCUUUUGGACCAAUCAAAACAGGAAUAAAUGUAGGACAAAAAAUUUCAGAAACCUUGUUUCCUCAAACAAAGCAAACAUUCAAAGAUUAUUGGUCUGGUGAUAUUGCUAGAGGUGUUGUUAAUUCAGAAGAUGGCAUAUUUACUUCCAAUUUCUGGACGGGUAAAACAACUGUCUUUCGUUACGGUGGUAAAAAAUUUUAUCUCAAAAAAGGUAAUCCCAUAAUGGUUGUCAAGAAAAAUGGCAAACAAAUUGGAUAUGCUCAUGUAAAAGAUUUUUUUAAUGAUGGUCUAGGAACCAACAAAAUAUACAAAUCUUUAGCGGAAGUUAAAAAUAAAUAUGGUUCAGGUCUUUUUGAUACUGUUGUUGGUACAGCAGUUGACGGAUUUGUUCAUUAUGGUUUACCUUGGAUGGGUAAAAAAGCAGUUGAAAUGGGGCGAUAUGGAGCAAGUGAGUUAAUGAGAAAUAAAAAUCUUCAGAAAAAAGCUGUAAAUUAUGGGAUUAGUAAACUCACUCCAUUUAUUCAAGAUUCCGUUGGAACAGCUAUGAACCAGCUGUCAACCAAAGUUAGACCAAAUAAAAAGUAUAAAACUGAUAGACCAGAGUUGGACCGAAGGAGUGGAAGAGGAAUAGAUAUUCACAAUGCUAUUCUCAAAGUAGCACCUAGUAAAGGUUUUGUUUUACCAGGUCAUAAUUAUACUGGCCCUGGUAAUCCUCUUCAUAAACAACUACGACACGAUGAUGAAGGUAAUAUAUUAGAAAUCUACCAACAACCAACAGGACCAACUGAUGCGGUUAGUAUGCAACAUGAUGUGGAUUACACAGUUUGUGGAAAUAAACCAAAAAGUGAACAAGUAAAAUGUAAAAAUGAAGCUGAUAAAAAAAUGGUAAAAUCCCUGGAUGCAAUUCCUUUGAAAAAAAGACAAUGGGGGCAUGCUAUGGCUAGAACUAUGAUAAAUACAAAACAA